CAGCAGGGAGAGAAAGCAGACUCUGUCCGAGAACACAAAAUAGUUUGGGGUGGUCGACAGGUUUUUUCUUUCUUUUUCUUUUACAAUCUACGUUACUUAUCUUUCUGAAAAGUGGAAAUGGAAUCCCUGCGAUUUGUUUUUCUCCUAUUUUGUGCCUUUUUAGUUUAUCAAGCAGAUGGACGCAGAACUUAUGGUGAAAUUUUCCCCCACAAGCAUGAAUUAGCUAAGAAGCUUCCAUUUCCAAUUCCACCAAUCCCUGGCUGGGAUCCGGACACCAACCCAUGGGAUGAUUACCUCUACCCUCCACUCAACCCAAAGCCAAAGGAGCUCAUGCACCACAAAGGUAAACCCAAGGUUCGUCUGACCAGCGAUAGUCCGGCUCUCAACGGCUCGUGCAUCUCCUUCACUGCAAAGCUGGAGUAUCCUCCGUGCCAGAAGGAGGAUGUUAAUGGAAACCUUGUUUGGGAUGAGCACUGUGAGGAUGGUACGGAGCUGGAGGCCUCAGCUAAUGGACAGGUGCGUUCUGGCUACGUGUACAACUGGACUUCCUGGAUCGAUGAUUAUGGCUUUGGAAAGUGUACAGACUUAAAGAAGUGCAAUGUGUUUCCUGAUGGGAAGCCAUUCCCUCAGAGCAAUGACUGGAGUCGCAAGAGCUAUGUCUAUGUGUGGCACGCGAUGGGCCAGUACUAUGAGACAUGUGACGGCUCCUCCUCGAGUGUGACCAUCAACACCACCACCAUCCCUAUCGGGGCAGAGGUCAUGGAGGUCAUGGUCUACAGGAAACGUGAGCGUAGGAAGUACAGCCCCCUCUCCACCGACAACACCGUCUUCUACGUCACAGAUAAGAUCCCAGUGGCGGUCAGCAUCUCCCAGAAGGCUGCGGUCAACGAGUCCGACAAUGUUUUCUUUCGUGGUGAGGACGUGGUCUUCAAAGUCCAGCUCCAUGACCCCAGUGGGUACCUCAAAACCGCUGCCUCCAUCGACUACAUCUGGGACUUCAGAGAUGGCAACCAGGUGGUGACACACCGCGACCUGACCACACACACCUACAGCAGACUGGGGAACAUGAGUGUGAAGCUGGUGGUGGAGGCUGCAUUCCCUGCAGAGUGUCCUCCACCUGCUGUCACCACAGCUCAUAAGAGCACCUCUUCUCCACCUCCCACAGAGGCUCCAACAGCUCCGCCAGGUACUCAUGCUGUCAAGAUGGAGACCACACGGGCACCACCCAGCACCAGUCGGGCCCUCCCCUCCACCUCCUCCUCCCCCUCCACCUCCUCCUCUUCUACAAGUGCCAUGCCAACCACAGAGUCCUUACCCCCUUCUGUAGCCAGCUCGACCCCAGAGUACGACCCCACCAUGUCCUGGCUCCGCACCAGACGCCUCAACAGCAACGAGUGCUUCCGCUACGUUCACGGCACCUUCAUGGGCAACAUCACCAUUGUUGAGCCCAAACACCCCCUGAACAGCCAGCCAAACAGUCGCAUCAUAGAUGUGUCCACCUCGAGACUGACCAACACAGAUAUCAGCUUCCUGGUCAAAUGUCUGGGCAGCAUCCCCACCUCGGCCUGCACCAUCGUGUCAGACCCCAGCUGCACCCGAGUGAGUAACAUCAUGUGUGAUGACGUCCCGCUGUCCAAACAGUGUGAGGUGCGUCUCAGGCGGACAUUUCUGGAGCCGGGCACCUACUGUGUCAACAUCACGCUGGAGGACUCCAGCAGCUUGGCACUGACCAGCACAACCAUCACCAUCAACAAGUCCCAGGAUGCACCCGUGUCUAAGAAGUCUCACGCUGCAGAGGUGGUGCUCUCCUCCAGCGCCGUUCUGGCUGCCGUCUUUGCAUUUGUCGCCUUCAUGGUCUGCAGACGUUACAAGGUGUACCGACCAAUUCGGAGGUCACUGGUUGAGGAUGCCAGCGGACAUGCUGGAUUCAAAGGCCGUGCGGUCCGUCUGAGGGAGGCGCUGUUCCCCUCCAGUGAGGAGAGCCAUCACUUGCUGACUGAGCGACGCCCAAUGUAGGCCUGAAGAAGCUACAUCAAAGCAUAUUUGUCUUACACGGCAAAAAUACUGGAGAACAAAAUCAUGACCGACAUAUUCAAAUUCAGGCUGAAGGUUCAACAAUGAAGAUCACAGGAACUCAUUUAUGUCUGUAGAGAAAUAAAACGUAUUAAUACUGUGUUUUUGAGACUUAAAUUGUAACAAGAAUUAAGUUUGUUUUUCUUUAUUGUUGGAUAAAAUGUGCCUGAUUAGUUGUGCACAAGUUGUGAUUUAUGUGUAAUGUCAGUUCCAGGACCUUCUUGAUAAUACCUUAUACUGUAAUUGUAAUAAUCUUUAUGGAUUUCUCUGAUAAAAUCUACAUUUGUAUGCUCUUUAUAGGUUGAAUUACAAAUUGAAACUGUAACACUCUUACACUAAUUGAAGGAAUUCAAUGGAGACUCGACACGAGGAUUUUAAUAAAG